ACAUUACAUUAUUUCUCUUGAACUGAGAGAGGGCAGCGACAGCCGGCGAGGCCUACCUCGAGUCAGUCAUAAACGGUGGGCAAGAAAAGCCGUAGGACAAGAUGCCUCCAUCUCCGGGCAAGAUUCAUUUGCUUCCAAUCAAAGUCUUGUAUACGAUCGACACGUCUAAUCAGAGCUAUGUGACCGUCUUACAAGAAAGGCAAGACGUAUUCGUUCACUCUGCGGUUUCCUCUACGACUGCAUCCACCUCAAGUUCGCCUGCUCAGCAAACAGUGGCCGCCGGACCGAUGGGCAGCUGUUAUCUCAAACCAACCAUUCGAGGUAUAUGCUAUGCGAGCCCCGAGUGCAUCCCGAAUACGUCCAAACUCGACUUCUCAGUGUACAAUCUCGACCCCUCACUCCGUCCUCGAUCCUCUCAUGCAUUUACCCCUUCUUCUUCUUCAUCUGGACGCUCUGCUCCUGAGGACGGCUCAUGGACUGGAAAAGGAUUUCUUUCAUGGGCAUUAGCGGAACAUGGCUCAGGAUCGACAUUGAUCCGCGGUCGACUGAUUCAAGAUGAAGAAUUCUCCCAGAAUGAAUCUUCGGGUCUUGGAGGGUUAGAAGGCUUGAUGGCAGCCGCGAGUCGAGCCUCGCAGAAUAAUGGGGAGCGUGGAUGGGGAUUGGAAGUUCAAAUCUCUCUCAAGGUCUUAAAUCCUGAAGGCAAGGACGAGUUCAAAGGGAGAAGAGAAUUUGAAGAGCUAUUGAGUCGUGGGACGGGUCUGGGGUCAGCUUCGUCACCUGGUUCGAGCAGUACCAAUUCGGUCGCACUUCCCCCACAGGGCGCUUCGGUAUCACGGACAGAACCUAUACGACGUGCCGCUUCAACAGCUCCGUCUGCGCCGGUACGAGCCAAUGGAUCUGCCGCAAUGCCAUUACCACCUUCAUCCAGCUCAGCGUCCACAGUCCGUCCUUCACCUGGCGAGCUCAAGUCCUCGCUGCCAUCGUCCUCGAACCAGGCAUCAUCAUCUUCAAAUCGCCUUUCCCUGCCUCCUUCACAACCCUCUUCAUCAUCCAUUCCCAUGGCGCUCACAUCGUCUAACGGUCCCCCUCCUUCCGAGACACCACCACCACGUCAGACGCAGUCCCCAGCGCAUGACCGAACGAAUUACUCAAAGACAUCGACGCUUGGACCACCACCGCCACCUUCGGGACCAUCCCUGGCGGACCGCUCAUCAGCUUCGAAAUCACGCGAUAUUACACCUCCGCCAGCACCUCGACCCCGGUCGCCUCCUCCUUCUACUCCAUCCCGUAAGAAACUACACGACCUCCUCCGGUAUGACGGGACCAUGUCGCCCCAGCUUGCCAGUCAAUUAGCUCACAAUCCAAUGCUGUUGAAGCUCAUCAAAGCCAUACCUGCCAACGCCAGCGCCUUUGCAUCACUGAAUGCGUCUCAUGACGCCAAUUCUGGUGAAGAUGAUAAGCAAUCUCCGGCGGUCGAAACGCCUACACCGAGCAGUACUUCUACUGCGAGGGUGUCGACAGCGAUGGGCUGCUCCAAUUGCGGAGCGAUGGAGUCAGAGUUGUGGCGGACAAAGAAGCUCAAGGAUGGCAGUAUGAAGAAGGUCUGUAACGCCUGCGGACUAUACUUCAAUGAAUUCAAACGGAUGCGACCUCCAGAGCUAUGGUCCGGUCAAGCUGCUUCAGAUCCACCACCGGCGAAGAAGAACAAGCUCGAGCCCGAAUUCCCCAUUCGAUCCUCUCCGAGACGACAUCGCCCGAAUGGAUCCAUGUCUGGGCCUGUGCUUCCGACCGCAUUUGAGUCACCGAAGAAGCGGGGGAGAUCAGGCGCCAACAAGACGCCUCAACCCAGUCCGAGGAUGGCCACGAGGGCUUCGUCAAAGCUGGAUGGCGCUAGCACGAGUGGUAUAACGGGGUUGAACCUUGCCAAAGCGAUGGAAGAGAACAACUUGUUCUCCCCGUCGAUCUUUUCGGAAUCGCCUGCGAAUGUCAGCACAGCGAGUGUGAGUGCUGUUGGCACGGAUUCUACGCUUGCAACUUUGCCGGAUGCGGCUGCGGGAGGCCACGUAGGCGAAGUAGAUAUCGAAGCGCUCUUGGCUCAGAUCUCUGCUCAGCCUGGGGGAAUCAACUUGGAAGCAUUGUUGGGCGGCGCGACUGGAGCAGACGAAUUUGUCGAAUGGUUCAACUCGCUGGAGGGGGAUGACAAGGUUCCAGAGCAGGGACACGCGGACACUCGGCAGGGUCAUGCGUAGUGUCGAGCAUGAUGUACCGAAAGACAACGGAGAGGUCAUUCGAACGGUUCAUCGUGGUAUUGGCCGGAGCCAAGCUGACGAUUUGACGAUUUCUGUAUUUCUAGUUUUUGUACAUAUGCAUGCGGUAUCUAGU